AUAUAUAUUUUUACCGUUGAGGGCGGUAAAAGAGGAAAAUGGCAGAAAAGUUUGAUGUUUUGUCGGAAAGUCUUGAGAGAUUUAUCGAGAAUACUCGCCAACUUGGCAUAAUAGUCGCAGAUUUCCCACCUCAAGGACAAAACACACUUAAUCAGAAACUCCAUGUAAUGGUAACAGGUUUACAAGAGCUAGACAAACUCAAAAGCCAAGUACAAGAUGUCCAAGUACCCAUGGAAGUAUUUGAAUAUAUAGAUCAAGGAAAGAAUCCACAAUUAUACACCAAGGAUUGCAUGGAGAAGGCAAUGGUGAAGAAUGAGCAGGUGAAAGGCAAGAUAGACACAAUGAGGAAAUUCAAAUCUGUUCUCAUAUUGGAACUAAGCAAGAUGUUUCCCGAUGAAAUGGAUAAAUACAAAGAUAUUCGUGGUUAAGUUCACAGGAAGCCAGGAAAUAUUUAAUGCUGCCAUACAAGAAAAGGGCAUAGGCAGAAAGAGUGUUGUAUGGUACAACCAAGCUUCUGUUCCUUUGCUUUGAGUAGAUGAUAAGCUGGUGGCUUCUGUAUGCUUGAGGUGUAAGCAUCCCAGCUUUGCAGCAGGUCCAGCUGAAAAAAUUUUUCCGUGGUACGACUUGCAUAAUUUUUCUGAUUAGGGUUGCCGAAUGUCAGUAGUCAAAGAGAACAAUUGCCAAGAUAUCUUAUUGCGCUGACACAAGACCAAUAAAAUACAAUCUCCCAAGUGUUAAUUAUAUUGCCAUAUUUAUUUCUAAACUGUUUUAGUUUGCAUGUAUGUUAGGGCAAGGGCAUGUAUAUUAUUGCAUCACACAGACACACACCAAUAAUAUCUUUAUAAUUUGUUCAAUUAUAUUUAAAUAUGAGCUAACAAAGGCUACUGUAUGCCUAGGUGAACCCCCAGGGAUUAAAGGGCCUUCAACAUGUGCCUAUGCUGCUAUGCAACUAUAUUUCUAUACACCUAGAAGUGUAGGUGUAUGCUGCUAUGCACUUACUUUUCUAUACACCGAUAAGUGUAGGUGUAUGCUUGAGAGGUCUUUGCUACACUGUAGUCAUGGUUAUUCAGUACUUAAUAGUAUUGUAUAUGUGAAUACCCACAGUGUUGAAAAGGCCCUGAUAACCUCUAAAGGGUGAUAUAAUCUUGAUUUAAAUCCAAUUUUCACACGAUGAUCCUAUAUUGUAUAUUAUAGUAACUGUAUAUAUAUGUUAAACAAAUGUACUGUAGUUUUACAUAGAAUAAAGAAACAACGUAA